CUUGGCUGUUUAUAUUUUGUACUUCGUAACCUGCCAGCACACAUUAACUCUUCCUUAAUGAACAUACAUCUAAUUUCUUUGUUCCAUUCUGAAGAUGGAAAAAAGUAUGGCAUGGACAAAAUACUUGCCCCAUUGGUUGAUGAUGUGAAAGUACUUGAGCAGAAGGGAAUGACGGUGUCAUUUUCUGAGGAGCCCAUCUUUGGUACUAUUGCGCAAAUUACGGGUGAUAACCUAGGUCUAAAUAGUAUUCUUGGUUAUGUUGAAUCUUUUUCUGCAAAACAUUACUGCAGACUCUGUCUCACUGACAAGGUGUUAGCACAGGAAGUAUUUAGUGAGGAUGAUCCACGGGUGAUAUUGCGUAAUAGAAAUCUAAAUGAGGAGCAUUACAAGUAUCUUGCUGACAACCCCAAUGAAAACUCCUGUUAUGGUGUUAAAAGAAAUUCUAUACUCAAUACCUUGAUUUACUUUAAUGUAUCUGAGAACUUUGUGCUGGAUAUUAUGCAUGAUAUCCUGGAGGGAGUUGCGCAGUAUGAAGUGAAACUGCUUUUUGAAUAUAUGAGUUGCAAUCUAAUUUCUGGCGAUUCCAUUCCUCAAAGAUUGUAUGCCUUCAACUAUGGCUUUUUGGAAAGAAAUAACCGCCCAACCAAGGUCAACCUUCAACAAGCAGGAAACAACAUUGGUCUCAAUGCAAGUCAGACAUUGUGUCUCAUUAAGAACAUCCCUCUCAUAUUUGGAGAUGUAGUCCCAGAGGGAGAUAAACACUGGCAUUUGAUGUUGCUGCUCUUACAUAUUGUUAAUAUUAUCUUUUCUCCUUGCAUCUCUGAAGGAAUGAUAAUAUUUUUGAAGCAUCUGAUAAAAGAGCAUCAUCAGUUGUUCAAGGAUUUGUAUCCUAGGAAUCUAAUUCCAAAACACCACCUUAUGAUUCACUACCCUGAAUGCAUCAGACAAAUUGGCUCAUUGAUUCAUGUGUGGACAAUGAGGUAUGAGGCAAAACACAGGUUUUUUAAGAGAAAUCUAAAAAAUUUCAAAAACCUGACCAAAUCACUUGCAAAAAAACACCAGCUAGCCAUUGCGUAUCACUGGGAGUCCUGUACUAUCAAGGGUAUUGAGUCUGGCCCCGUUUCAAAUGAACUGUUGUCUGACCUUAUAAACUGUGAUUUUAUUUCAGAGCAGCUCCAGAUUGAUAUCUCUAGCGAGGUAAUGGUCACACCGAGGGUAAAGUGUCAUGGUACUGAGUAUCGCAGUGGUCUUGUUGUUUGCUUAGAUUUUGUUGAAAUUUUUAUUAAGGAUGGAAUUUAUUUUUUGGCAUCGUGUAUGGAAUCAGAGUUUGUUGAACACCUUCAUGCUUUCAGUGUUGUUGAACAAGAGCACAGUCUUGUACUAAAAAAACCUGAGGAAUUGAUGUACUACAAGCCAUUUGAUUUACAAAUGUCCUAUGGCAAUGACAGUCUUUUUUACAUUGUUGUGGACUGUUAUCUGUAAUAAUGUCAUGGCAUUAUGGUUUCUUGCUCUGUGCUGAAAUAAAGUUU